UUAUAUAGAAAGCAUGUGGUGCUUUCUCGCAAACAAAUGUAUAAAAGUUUAUUUUGCGUUUAGUUUAAAUUUCAAUAAUUAAUAUUAUAUUUAAAAUGAAGUAUGAAUAAAGACAAACUAGUGUUGUGCUAUUGAAGGAACUGUGACAAAUCGAAUAACUGUAUAGUUUGAAAAGAAGAAUUCUUGGAAAGUUGGAUAUUAUUAUCUUGGGAUUCGGAUGCUAGGAUUCAGCAUGUGGGGUGUGGCGGUAGUGGCGAUGCUGUUGCUGGUGCAGCGAGUGUUCGGUGCCGGGUACUGCGCCACAGACACGCUGCGCACCAACACCACUUGGAUGCAGUUCACCAAAGAGCCCGUAUCCUUCGAGUACGGCUUCCAGGACAAGUUCAAGAGCAUCCAUUGCUGCGUCAAAGGCUAUAGAAGCAUCGAAUGGUUCAAGGACGGCGUUGCGUACCCGUGGUCUGCCGGCGUGUCGAAUCUGAUUCUGUACCCCGAGGCGGCCAACCAGACGCUGUACACGCGCCGCGCCGCCCGCGCCGACUCCGGCAACUACACUUGCCGCCUCAGCAACGAAACCCACAGCGAGACGCACAACGUACGACUUGACAUACUAGAAAAGCCGACAGAUGCUCCGCGGACGAUGUACAUCUCCAAGGACCAGUGGGUGGAGGAAGGCAGCGAGGUGCGGCUCUACUGCGAGGCGCUCGUCGGUCGGUCGUAUUUAGCGGACGCGCGCAGUGACUUGCGCUGGUGGAAAGUGUGGCCUAACGGCACAGAGGGUGACCUGCUACCCACGCAGCAACAGCACAAGACUGUUCGUGACGAUGUGGAGGACAUAAUCGGCGCGUACCUGGUGGUGGAGCGCGUGUCGGCGCAGGACUACGGCACCUACGUGUGUCUCGUACAGGCCAACGACUUCGUCUCGCGCAGCUACGUCACGUUGCACUAUAAAUUGUGGUCUGGGGGCGAGUCGGCAUGGUGCCGGGGAGGUGGCGCGGUGCCAUGGCGUGCGCUGGCGCUGGGCGGGGCUGCGGGCGCGCUGCUGCUGCUCUCCGUCGUCGCGCUGCACCGCCGCUGCACGCCGCGCCUGCUGCUCGCCGCACGACAUGCACGAGCACGCGCCGCCACCGCCGCACACCGGGCUAGAGUACUGGAAAAGGAGUUCGAUGUUUUGGUGUGCUGGACGGCGGUGGAUGGCGAGCUGGUGCGCGGCGCUCUGCUGCCGACGCUCGCGCUCAAGUACAAGUAUCGCGUGCACGCGCUGCCACUCGCCACCCAGCCUGACAACUGGUACAGUGAGAUAGUGGGCGAGGCGGCGCGCUGCCGGUCACUAGUGGCGGUGUUGUCGCCGGCGCAGUAUUCGCCGCAGCAGCUGCUGACUGCGCUGCGACAGCUGCGCGCGCUCCCGCUGCCGCCCGUCGUCGUACUGCUGCAGGAUCUGCCGAAGCUGAAGCGCGAGGCGAAGGAGGGUGGGGAGUGGCUGGUGGGGGCGCUGCGACGCACGCGGCUGGUUGCGUGGCGUCACGUGCACGAGCGCGCGUUCUGGACCGCGCUGCGCCUCGCCCUGCCCCUGCCCCCGCCACCACCACCACAACCCUCGCAGACCACCGCACACCAACAACCUAACACGGAAAAAUCAAACACAGAGACAGAAGAGAGUAAGAACUCCCGCUCGGGGAGUCUGACAGCGCUGGUGUGAACGACGACAACCAGAUUGUGAAUAAAGUUAACUGAACUGAACUAGUGGUUAGAGCAGUGGCUAAGCCAUGGCCCGAGUGCGAGCAACUAAUAACAUGUGAGGUGAACUCUAUAUACGACUAUGACGUCAUGUGUGAAGUACGUAGUGUGUGCGGGCGCAGUGCUCUGUGUCUCCAGUACUAAGACUGUGAAUAGAUAUUACUUUUGUAUAACAUUAAAUGAACAUUGUAUCACAUCCGAUGAAAACGUUUAGAAUUAGUGUCAUUUCGAAUUCUGUAUACAGUUUUCUUCGAUCUCAACAUUUCUUUCGGCGAUAAAUUCAUUCACAUCCUCUUUCUGGUGCCAAAGGGAAUACGUCAUGACAAUUAAUCACUUAAGUUAAAAAUAUGUUUCGGUUGUCUGUCCUAUUUAUUUUAUUUAUCUGUAAACUUUUCGAUAGCUGACUUUAGAAAUUAAUUUAUUUCACGCUAACGCGCAAAGUUUGUUGUAAGUUGACUUAAUUUUAGUUAAGAUUAUUUGAAAUGUCUGUCCAAUGACUGUAUUUUAUAUCGACCAGGGUGUUAAGAACCUCUAUUUAAUGUAAGUUUCUUCCUUUAUUUGUAAUUGUGAGAUGUGCGCUGACUGAGUGGUAAUGUAACGAGCGAUGGUUUCAGGACUGUGAUAAUGAGAUGGUAAAAUGUAAGUCGCCAGUUUAUGUAUAGUGAGAUACGUCAAAAUGAAAAGUUAUCUUUGAAUUUGAAAGUUUUCAAAUUGUAUCGCUUAGUUGUGUUGUAACAUCAGAACCCAAUAAUCGAUUUUCAAACAAUUUUUCGACAUCUGAGUUAUUUUAAUCGAUUUAAACUUUAAUCUCUGUAAAGAUCACGAUAGCUAUCCAAAAAACCUGAUUUAUCGUUUAACACGUUAGCUGCCAGAAUGAUUUUUCGGAAAAAGAUUUUUUUUUAAUUUUGUCCAAAACCAUUUAAAUGGACCCUUGCGGGUCACGCUGUAUACAACAAUUCGAUUAAAAGUCACCGCUAGGUGUUGAAUGGAAGUAUGGCUUGUCGGACACAUAGUCCGACACGGCCUGAUUGAAAUUUUACCUUGUCGGAUAUAUAGUCCGACAUAGCAGCUAACGUGUUAAACGAUUUUCUUUUCUCCUCUAUCAAUCGAGAAUAAAAUCGAUUCGAAAAUUUUAAUUAAUCUGUUAUAGGGUUUGUUUAUUGGGUUCGUCUGUAAAUGUGUAAAGAAUUUCGAUGGGCCUUAACUUUUACAUUGUAAUGUGUAAAUGGAACUUAUUCUUCUACGUAUUUGAUACUGAAACAUAAUAAUAAGAAUGUAAAUAAACUUGUAUACGCAACGAAGUGCUCACUUUGUUGUAAAUGAUAAACGAAUGGUUAAUGUUUUUAAUAUAAUUUUUCUAGCAUUAUAAUGUACUCGUCACAUUCCGAAGAAAGUUUUCUAUAAAAUUAGGUCGCUAAGUUUUAUUGUGAAUGAUCUAGAAGAAAAGAAAAUAAACGAAUUCAAUUUA